UGACAUAGCCUAUAUAGCCUACGACUGGCAGUCUGUGUAGAAGUCAUUUCAAAAGGCAGCCUGCUGCACCAAGCUAAUAUUUCUGUGACGUGAACUGAAGCAACUCCUGGUAAUCAUGCGUCUGGUCUUCAUUUGCGCUCUUCUGGUGCUCUCUGUGAGCUUUGGUGAAGCUCUGAAGUGUAACCUCUGUGUGAGUAAGGGAGACUCCUGUGUGCCCUCUACACAGACGUGCCCGUUCUACAUGGACGCGUGCGGCAGCGUGCUGUACAUCUCCCCGCCGCUGGGCAUCACCCGCAGCUGCAUGAACAUGGCCACAUGCCAGAGCUACCUGCACAUGCCCAACGUGGCGGCUAUCUGCUGCAGCACCGACCUCUGCAACUGAACACACCUGGCACACUCAGUGUGAAUGCCGUGCACACUAGAUGUGGCACCACCUUCUGUCACCCACAGCUAAGCUUUCCUGGUCUAGAGGGCCACAAUGGAGCACACACAGAUUUGUAGUGGUUUUAGGUGUCAAACAGGACCAAAAAACCCUGAAAAUAUGUAUACAAUACAACAUGCAAUAAACAAUAUACAAAGUCA